AUGCUAUACAUUUUCUUAAUUUUGAUCUUUUUCUUAAGAAUCCCUGGUAACUUUGGGAAUCAUUGGGGUGGACCAAUUGGGACAAAUACUGGAGACGAACGCUUUUGUCCAAUUAUUGCUGGCAACAUCAAAAAUCUUUUGCAAGGUGGCGGUGAUUUGAGUCAUUCACAUAUUCUCAAGCGCAUCAUCGGUCGUGUAUGUCAAGAAAAUGCAUGUGCUGAAAUGUAUCGUCAUUGGGAGAAUAACAUUGAAUGUUUAAUCAAUGUUCUCUUUGGCACGAUGAGUGUCGACGAGGCCUGUAGAGGAGCUGGAACUCAUGCACUUCCCAUUCUUCAAGAAGCUUGGAAACAACCGAUCCCCAAUGAGCUGCGAGAGCGACAAAACGAGGCCCGGCUCCAACACAUCGCGAUCCUCGAACGGGAACUCAAUAUUUCUUCGGCUCAUUCACAAGCGGGAAAUCGAAGUGUCGCACCGGGAGUCAAG